AUGGAGACGGCUGAAUCUGCAUCUUACGAAUUUCCAGGCCAUGCUAUUGGUGCCGUUGCCCCUCGUCGGAUGAUGAAUACCAGCCUUGGUCACAGUUUAUCCUUCUAUGCGAGCCCAAAUGCUCCGUUUCCUCUUUCUUUUCACCAGCAUGCGCCGGCAAAUUAUAGCUUCGGGCACCCUAUUCACCAACACCAUCAUCAUCCACACUCGCAUCAGCAUCAGGUUCAGCAUCACCACCAGACAGGCUACCCGCAUUACUUUGUACCCGGUCAGCAGUCACUUAACUCACAACCUGUGCGCCUUCCUUCAGAGCCGCCCUCAACCCAGCCAAUCCCAGAUAUUCGACCGGCCAAAAAUGCGGUCAACCGGCUGACGAAAGAUGUACUGGCCAAAAAUGAUCCUAGGUCUGGCUCGCAGCAGCCAUCUGACCAGCAGCCAACGACGGGGGAAAAAUCACAGCAGGAAAGCCCAUGCCCAAAUGAAAUUGAGUUCUCAACUGAGGUGGACAUACUUAUGAAAGCAAUACAGUCCAAGGCUAGUGCUCAUUCAGGAGGCGUGCAGUUACUGCCACCACUACAACAGUUAACCCACGGAGGCAAUCAAGCCUUUUCUCAUUCUUACUCAAUUCCACCGUCAUCGAGCCCGCGUUGUACUACAAAGGUCGACGACCAGCCAUCACGAACAGGAAAGAAACGCAAAUACGCUUGCACCCUUCCAUAUUGUGGCAAGAGUUUUGCGCAGAAGACACACUUGGACAUACACAUGAGAGCCCACACAGGUGACAAGCCCUUUGUCUGCAGAGAGCCCUCCUGUGGGCAGCGCUUCUCCCAACUCGGAAAUUUGAAGACCCACCAACGACGCCAUACAGGGGAAAAGCCAUUUUCCUGUGAAAUAUGCCAUAAACGAUUCGCUCAGCGGGGCAAUGUCCGCGCACAUAAGAUCAUCCACCAACACGCCAAGCCUUUCACAUGCCUUCUAGACGACUGUGGUAAACAAUUUACACAGCUGGGUAACCUAAAGUCGCACCAGAACAAAUUUCACGCCACAACCCUCAAGAACUUAACGUUCAAGUUUUCUCAGAUGACAAAUGCAGAUAGCAUGAGCUCACAUGACCUGAAGCUCUGGGAAUACUUUGCUACCUUGUAUAAGAAUAGCAACAAGGGCAUUAAAGGCCGCGGAAAGGAUCGCAGAAUUUCUCCUGCUUCAAAAUCCGUGACAAGGCCUGACGUCUACAGAAGGUUACAGGCUAUUGGCAAUAAUGACGAGAAGAUGCGCCGUGCAAGCUACGGGGAUACAUCAACGUUGAAUGAAGGUUCCAGCAGCGACGAGGAGGAUGUUGAGCCCUACUUCAUCGACAGACAGUGA